GCUGAGUUUUAUAGUCUGCUGUGGACUUUACCUGCUCCUAUCUCCAGCCUCUUCAGGAUGUCUCUGAGGGAGAAAAGUAAUGCAGAGUUCAGAAGCCUACUGACAGACUACGGCAUCAAGCAUGGACCCAUACUGGCGUCCACUCGCAGCGCGUACGAGAAGAAGCUCCAAGAGGCCAUGGCCAAAGAUCGCACCUUCUACAGAGAAGAAGAGGAGGAAAUCACAUGCAUCAUAUACCGCCAUCCGAUGAAAAGGAAGACCUCAACAAAUUCUGGCAGAACUUCUGGGACAAACCUAAAGGUCCAGGAUCAGGACCAGAACCAGGACCAGAAUCAGGACCAGAAUCAAAGCCAGGACCAGGAUAAGGACCAGGACCAGAAUCAGAACCAGGACCAGAAUCAAAGCCAGGACCAGGAUAAGGAUCAGAACCUGGAUCAGGAGCAGGAUGCAGCUGACAGGGUCCCUUUGUCCAGCACCGACCAAGACGGCAGCACUGAGCUGUAUGAAGACAACCAACAGGACCAAGUUCAUCUUGCUCCUGUGACAGUGAGGCGAAGAAUGACCAGUUACCACGCAGUGGAAACCAGGAGGCCAAUCACAUUGCGAUCAGAAGGAAAAGCGUGGAUGCUGAUCCCAGCGGUGCUGCUGCUGACUGCAGCUGGCUGCUACUACACCCUUUCUGCUGGGAUGUGAAAUGCUUAGCUUUGCUAUUUUAUUUUAUAUUAUUCUGUAUAUAAAUGAUGCAACAUUUUUAUUAUAAAGCCUUAUCCAGUUCUACAUAAACUGAAUAUAAAGAGUAAGAAGUCUAGAAUCCAGGGAAGAGCACUUGAUGGAAACAUUUGAAUCAGAAUACUUUAAAUGAUGAUUGGCUGCUUGGAUUUUGUCCUGGACUGAAACAGAAACAUUGGGAACCAAGCAGUGUGCUUGAUAAGGCAAAGUCUAACCAUGUUCCUCUAUGAUGCCCUGAUUCUGUUUCAAUACAGAGCCAGAUAAGCUGUCGUUAAAUCUGUGUACUAAGUAUUAUUUCCUAUAACAAGUCCACUGCUUCUGUGUUUUUGUGUCCUGCUCUGUCCUCCAAACCCUGAUUAAGCCACGGUGGACGGCUGCUCCUACAGAUCCUGGUUCUGCUUCCUGUUAAAAGGGAGCCAGUCCUUUCCCCUCUUGUCUUAUGCUCCAACAUAAGGGAUUGAUACUGUGUAAUCAGCUUAAAUAGAUCACUGUUUCAAAUUAGGAUUAUUAACCCAAAAUGAGUGACCAGGAUUAGAAAUAGGAUAUCAUUUAAUUUAAAAUUGAAUCUGUGUGAGUGACAGGAUUUGAUUAUACAUUUUUCAUAUGAAUUGGACCUUUUAGGCUUGUCUUGAUAUAUUUGUUGUGAAUUUGUGCUACAAAAAUAAACUGGCUAGAAUUCAGUGAAAUUGUUAUUUUGGUGUUUUUCGCUUAGUUUGUUCUUUUUUUAACACGGUGUUUUUACAUCUAGAUAUUUUUUCCAGUAUAGAGCCGUUUUUCACCUGAAUAAGCCCCUUCUUCUGAUGAUGAGACAUAAACA